AUGGUCCGCAUCCGCGGGUGCCUCGCCUGGUUCAAACACAACAGCGACAAAACUGAGAACACCACGCACAGCGCGCACGGACACCUCCUGCCGUCCAAGCAGAAGCCGAGAGUGACGGUCGGAGGGCCGGUGUUCGGUGCUCCGGACAUCCUGCUGACGGGGGUCAAGGGGGAGCCGGACGCGGCGAUGAGGACCCUCAGGCAGAGGGGCUUCGUCAUCCACCUGUCCAUGCUGCACGAGGAACAAGUGCCGCCGGCGAUGACGAUGGUGCUGGCCAUGGGCCCCAAGCUGCUGGUCAAGUCUGCCGUCGAGAGGAACCUGGCGACCAAGGCCAGGCAGGAGUACACGUCCGGCGAGGUGGCCCAGCUCUGCGCCGACGCCGUGCACGUCAUCAAGCGCUCCGGCCUGGAGUACGAAGAGGCGAACCUUCUGCACGACAAGGAUGCGCUAGAGGGCGUCGCGAAGGCCGAUAACAAGGACGUCCCUGACGCCGUCAACUCGUACUUCGGCCCUUACAUCGGGAUCUAUUUCGCGUGGCUGCGGUUCUACACCAAGGCCCUGCUGAUCCCCACCGUGGGAGGCGUGUUCCUGUUCGUGGACCAGAUGCGGACCGGCUCGCCGGACAGCCCGCUCCUGCCGAUCUUCUGCAUCCUCAUCAUGGUGUGGGUGGCCCUGUUCCUCGACGUCUGGAGGCGGCGCAACAAUGAGAUUGCCUUCCGGUGGGGGGUGGACGGGGUGGAGGACGAGGAGCUCAUGCGGGUCCAGGCCGCUAAGAAGGGGAACUUCAAGCCCAGCCCGGCCGGCAAGCUUUGCGUCACCGUGCCCAUCAUUCUGGCUGUCAUGUACGCCGUCAUCCGCGCCAUGCUCUACUGCAUCUGGCUGAGCGACCACGCCGUCGAGGUGUACGGGGAAGAGUCGUACCUUCAGUACUACCCCCUGGUUCUGUACAGCAUCGUGCCCGUGGUGGCGUCGACCCUCUACACCUUCCUCGCCAAGGCGCUCAACAACUUCGAGGAGCACCCUACGCUCGUCAGGAAGAAGAACGCCUUCGUCAUCAAGAUGUUCGUCUUCCAGUUCGUCAACUCGUACUGCAGUCUCCUGUACGUUGGCUUCUGGCUCAGGGACCUCAAGCGGUUGCGGCAGCUGCUCAUGACCAUGAUGAUGGUCAAGCAGUUCAUCGGCCAGCUCGUGGAGAAGUACCAGCCGGUCGUCGCGCUCUGGAUGAAGAACCGCAACCUUAAGAAGAACCCUCCUAAGGAUCCCGUGAUGCUGGUGAAACACACCGGAACAAUCAGUCCGGAGGAACUGUUCGAGGAGACGAAGACGGAGAUGGCUGAUGUGGAGGAAGACUACCUGGAAAUGGUGCUGCAGUUCGGGUACGUAUCCAUGUUCGCUGUGGUCUUCCCGCUGGCCCCCUUGUUCGCCUACAUCAACAACAUCUGGGAGUUCAAGCUCGAUCUCAGCCAGCUCGUGAAGACGAGACGUCCCAAGACGCACGCCGAGUCCUCCAUCGGGGCCUGGCAGCUGUGCCUGGAGAUGAUCGGAGUCGUGGCGUGCCUGACGAACCUGCUGCUGGCGGUGCUGGUGUCGAAGAACGUGGACAUGUACGUCCCCUCGUCCAUGGCUGAGCAGCUUGGCAGCUUCGAAGCAAAGGUCGUUCUGGUGGUGGUGGGAGAGCACGUGCUGUUCCUGCUCAAGGCGGUAUCCUCGGGUCUGAUAGACAAGGUGCCCCGGGUGGUCCGGGAGGCGCAGCUGGUGAUGGCCGUCCAGCAGAGGGAGGAGCGCAAGGAGUUCCGCCGGCGCGCUAGCGGGCUUCCGGAGUCCGAGCGAUCGGCGCCUGGCUUUCCGCUGGCGCCAUCCACCCCGGCCGACAGGCUCAAGGAGCUCAACGCGACGCACGACGUGUGGAAGUUCGGGCCGAAGUGGUACAUGCCGCUCGCUUUCCUGCCGUUCAUCGCCGCCUGGUUCAAGUGGAGCGCCCUCUGGGUGCUACCCAUCGCGUUCGUGUUCGUGAGCUACCUGCAGCACCAGAAGGACCUGUCGGACAAGGCCUUGGCCCUUGGCGUGGUGAAGGACCCCAAGGUAUUGGAGAUGGUGACCGGGUUCUUGCCUCCUUGGUACACCGAUUCGGAGGUGGAGCGGGUGGACUGGCUGAACAAGAUGCUCGACAAGAUGUGGGUGUCGGCGUCUGCGGCCACCCAGGACUUGUUCGCGACGACGAUCCAGCCUAUCCUGGACAGCUACCGCCCGCCGGGGAUCAGCGCCCUCGGCUUCAAGAAGGUCUCGCUCGGCACCAUCCCGCCCAAGGUCGUCGGCAUCCGCGCUUUGGAGAUGAAGGAAGACAAGGCCGUGAUCGACAUCGACCUCCGUUGGGCCGGGAACGCGGAGUUCAUGCUGGAGGCCGGCGUCAAGCCCGUCCCGCUCCUCAUCACCCUCAACAAGAUUUGCUUCUCCGGGAGGAUGAGGGUGGAGCUCGCUCCUCUCGUGCCGGUCUUCCCCUGCUUCGGGGCAGUCGUGCUGACGUUCAUGGAGAAGCCAUUCAUCGACUUCAAGUUCAAGCUCGGCAAGCUUAACGUCAUGAGCAUUGGUCCGGGCGACAUGAACGUCGGCGCUUUGGUGAGCGACACGAUCAAGAACAUCGUGACCGGCCUCAUGGUUUUCCCCGUCAAGAUGGUGGUCCCCAUCCUCGACGACCAGGACAUCGUCGGGUUAUCAAACCCAACCCCGACGGGAGUGGUGCAGCUCACGAUCGUGGGGUGCGACAAGCUGCGCGCGGCCGACAUCGGCGGCAAGUCCGAUCCGUACGUGUGCGUGAAGCUGGGCCGUGACCAGGAGAUGAAGACCGACGUGAAGAACCGGACCCUCAACCCCCGGUUCGACGAGACGUUCGAUCUACUCGUUUACGAGCGCUCGGUGGAGGUGAUGAACUUCAGCGUGUUCGACAGGGAUAACGGGCCCGGGGACGACGACGAACUCGGCGGCUGCGAGCUGCCGCUGUCCGUGCUCAUGGCGGACGUCGAGAGCGCCCACAACAUCCCGCUCUCCAACACAUCAACCGGGAGUCUCCUCCUCAAGGCCAUGUUCGUGCCCCUGUCAAGCGGAAAGACGCGGACGGCCCCCAUCGACGAGGACGUUAUCGUUAACGUUGCCUCCGACGACAUCACGGACGACAUCGUGGCGGCCGACUCCUACAAGAACCUAUCGGCGGACGGCCAGCCGGUCAAGGCCGCCGCCGCGGCUCACAAGGCGGGCCCCGCGGUGGACCCCAGCACCCUCGCGCCGCACGCCGUUACCCCGUCCGACACGAGCAUGGGCGUCGUCACCGUAAUGGGGAUGGAAGUAACGGGGGUCAAGCCAGGGGAACGGUACGUGUCCGUCAUCUGCGGCAACCACAAGCGCAAGACUGCCGUGGUGGAGGGCAUGGCGGAGUUCGCCUGCCCUGAGGUGUUCAACUUCCUCAUCCGGGGGGCCAAGUCGGCCGUGGUGGAAUUCCUCCUCAAGGAGAAGGAGAUGAUCGGCAACGACAAGUGCCUCGGGUCUUUCAAGAUUAACGUGGCCGAAGUCAUGGCCAACGACGACAAGCUGGACGGGGAGUGGGAGUUUGCCGGAGAAAAGGCGAAGGGGGCCAUGAAGCUGCGCUUACAGUGGUCCGGCAGAGCCGGCGAGAAUCCCUAAGUAGCUUCAUUCGCGUAACGGCAGCCCUCGGAACGGCCAACGGCUUGUCUAAAGUUCUUCCUGUACACCCGGCUGACCGACCGGCCUAUCGAAACAGCUUUGGGCGUGUAUUCGUUCGGGGACAUGGGUGUCGUGAUUGUACCCCCUACAACCUCUCUCCUCUAUAAUAGUGAGGAAGGAAUGAGGAUGGAUGCAACAAACCAACUCCCACUACAGAGCAGGCUUGAUGAUGGCCUGCUGCCGCGGCCGCAGUCUGUUGUGGGAUACGUAAAAGAAGAGUUGUGUGAUAGGUAGUAUUAUAGAACAACUGCGCGGAAACGGGUGGACGGACCCUACCUGUUGGUUGUACCCGAUUCUGUAGAUUAGGAAGGAGGGUUGGCACUUUGUUUUUGCGGUAAUAGUACAGGAGAAGAUUUGAUGUUGUGCCUUUUCUUGCAUGCGGUGCAUUAGAGGUGUGUGCGUGUCGUUUUAUUGUCCGUGGUACGCACCAGCCGAGGAUACGGACCGCGUUUUCGCGCAAUUCUACGUCUGUCUGUGUGAUACGUACGUACGUUCAACAAUCGCGCGAAUAUCGUCGCGCUUGAGCUUGCUCUUGUUGUACCAUGCGCGUGUGUACGUAGUACUGCGGAAGAGUGGGGGUUCCUUUCACGUUUGUGUAUACUAAUAAUCGACCCUUUCCUCAGCGUUAUGAGAAGACAGAUGUCAUCGCGCCUCUUGCAGUGGAUUUCUCGCGGGCAAGAGAACGGGUGUACCGACGUUGCCGCGCUUCAUGGGCAGCCUUUAAGGCUCAUUGCAGCAAUGCUCUUCAUUCUGGCAGUCUGCCAGUACAGUAGGUUGUUGUUAAGAUGCCAUUUACCUUGCAUUUUAAUCCCUCGUGUUUUCUUGGUUGAAAGGUUGUGACGGUUUCACGAUAAGCGUUUGUUUGUCUUUUGUUGCCUGCUGCUGCAUGGAAUGCAUUGAACACCUCAUUCCCCAAAGGAGGCCCUGGUUCAUACAAGCCUUGUGGGCUCUGCGCGGGGUAUCAAGUGGUGGUGCGCACAGCAGUGCCGUUUAGACUAACAGCAGUGCACGUUUGUGCGCGUGCAUGUCGUGAGCGGUUGCGGUAGUACAGCAGGUUGGCCGUUUCUUCGUGUUUUGUUGCCGGGCGUGUGCAGUCUUUUACGGUGCGAAUCCUUGGAAGAUGGAAAAUUCGGCAGGGUGGGCGAAGCAAACAGCCGUUGAUGACGGUUGUUCUUCGCGGGGGGUCAUGCACGGCAGGGUGUGUGUGCGUGUGUGCCUCGCGCUAGGGCAGCUUUGUGCGAAGGAUUCAGAGAUGUUGCGUGUGCGUGAGCGCGCGUUCGUUGU